AUGUCGGCAGACAUUGGUCUCGUGAUCAAAUGGAUUCCCGACAAGAAGGUCUACAGGAUCAUCGGCUUCCAUACCAAUGGCUCGGCGAAACAGACGGGGAUGUUGAACAUCAACGACACGCUGCUUGAGGUCAACAAGGAGAGCGUCUCCGGACUCGCGCAGAAGGAUGUUGAGGCGAAGCUGAGAGGGGAGCCAGGAUCGAAAGUCAGGCUCAAGGUUUCGAGAGGGGAUGAUUCGUUUCAUUGCACGAUCGGAAGGACGGACCUUCACUCUUUCGUCGUCAAGAAGACGAAGGAGGCGCCAGUCAAGGAGCCAGAGCCUAAGAAGAAGAAGCUGACUGACCGGGAGAAGGCCGACAAGCUGCUCAACCAGGGAACUGGAAAGUACUCUGGCGCCUCCUUCGGCAGCGCGCUCGAGAAAGUCAGCGACAGGGAGGCGUCAAGGAUACGAGGGCAGACACAGAAAGAGCAUGAGCGAGUGCAGGCAGAGGCAGACCGACUGUACGAGGAGACGGUGAAGAAGGACAGGGAGGAGCAGGACAAGAACGUCCAUGACUCUGUGAACCGCUUCUGUGAUCAAUGCGGGGCGCCGAGGCAAGAGAAGAAGGCUCCGGUAGAGAAGCAGGCUCCGGUGCAAGAGGGCAAGGAAAACCAUUUCGCUCUGGGAGAUUGCAUGCGUCCGAGGAAAGCGGAAGAACCUGCCAAGAAAGUUGAGGAGAAGCCCUGGUGGAGCUGGAGCUCGGACAGCUCGAAGAGCAAUGCUAAGAGCGCGUCAGGAGGAGGAUGGUUUACGAAGAAGGAUGAAAAACCGCAGAAGAGCCGUUUCAAAGAUCGGCUGAAUCAGGCCAAGUUUUCAUUUGCAAUGUCUAUCAUUGAUUACCGAAUACGGAAGACCAACGAAGAAUUCAUGGCGGUCAUCACAGGGAAAUCAAAGGAUUCAAAGUCGAAGAAAUCACCGAAGACCAAAGAUGACUCAAAGUCUUCCUUCUGGAAUUUUUCAUCAGGCAAGUAA